AUGACUACGGAUGAGAACAAUAAUUACGUGGCAUUUGUGGUCGGUUACACCGGGGAAACGGGGAAAGAAGUAGUCAAAGCACUGUCACUGACGGAUUCCUUCAAACGGAUCCUGUUAAUCGGAAGACGUCAAACCAAUGUCGCAGACAGUCUCGGACAAAAAUUCGAAGAAAAGAUAGUGGACUUUGAUAAUCUGGAAGAGUAUACUGAGGUCUUUGCAGGAUGUGAUGUCGGUUUUAAUUGCUUAGGAACUACUCGAUCUAAAAGUGGUGGAAAAGAAGGUUUUUACAAAGUUGACCACGACUAUGUAAUGAAGACGGCUGAGCUUGCCAAAGGCAAUGGGUGUAAACGUUUCCUUCACGUGUCGUCCCAAGGAAGCGACAAAAACAGCUGUUUAUUCUACACUCAGACGAAGGGGGUUGUGGAAGACGAGCUUCAGAAUUUACAAUUCGAACAUUUAUCAAUAUUUCGCCCUGGGUUUCUGCUCUGUGACCGCCAAGAGCGUCGGUUUGGCGAGAAGUUUGCCCAGUGCCUAAUUUCGCCAUGCCUCUGCUGCUGUGCCAAAUAUAUUGGAGUGCCGACAGAAACUCUAGCAAUAGCUAUGGUGAGGAGGGCCUGCAAGCCGAACGGCCAAGUGGAAAUCAUUGACAAUCCAACCAUUCAUUAUAUUGCUUCUUGAACAUGAAUGUUACUGUUAUAUUUAUCAUCCUAGUCAUAUCUUAUUUAAAUGAGGGUAAAGACAUGAAAUUCAUAUUCAAUGUUAUACACACCAAAGUAUUCUAUAAAAUUUUGUUAUUCUGUGGAAGGCUCGAGGUGAUCCGGAUGGCAUUGGGACGGUACACGAUUACAUAUAUUGUAAAUUUUGAAUUACUGGGUGGAAGGUUAAUUCAAAAUUAACAACAUUGUAGUUGCGUGAAAAAAAAACAUUACUGAUAAAAACAAAAGUAAUCUUAGUGCUGAUAUUUCUCUCCAAAGUGUAAAAACUAACU